CCUCCAGCCUGCAGCGGCGGCGUACUGAGGACCACAGCGAAGGGGAUCGCCGGGGUGCGGGAGCUGCGUCCCGCCCUCUCCCGGCAGAGGCUCCGGCGUGCCUUCGCCCGGCGAGGGUCUCACACGGUGCCACCACCGCCUCGGUGGAUCCCUGCCGCGCUCCCGGCGGCGCAGUUCCUGCCGCCCGGCCGCGAACCAGGGCCCGCAACGCGGCCCGGCCUUCUCCGCCCUCCUCGCCGUGACGAAUCGGCGCCCGGCUGGGAUAGGAUCCGAAUUGGAAGAGUUCUGAGGAAACUGGAGAGCCUGAAAAAAAAAUCCUCGGCUGCACUAAGUCUCGCCACGUCCUCACGGGAAGGGCUAUUCGUCUGAGGAGAGCCGGCCGCGGCCCGCAGAGAAAUCCCGGAGCGUGUGGAAAGUGCGAGCGCGGAAGCUCCGGCGCGAGGGGCGGGGCGAGCGCGGGACAAAGGGAAGCGAAGCCGGAGCUGCGGGCGCCUUUUCGGCCCGCGGUGUCUCAGAUUCAUUCUUAAGGAACUGAGAACUUAAUCUUCCAAAAUGUCAAAAAGACCAUCUUAUGCCCCACCUCCCACCCCAGCUCCUGCAACACAAAUGCCCAGCACACCAGGGUUUGUGGGAUACAAUCCAUACAGUCAUCUCGCCUACAACAACUACAGGCUGGGAGGGAACCCGGGCACCAACAGCCGGGUCACGGCGUCAUCUGGUAUCACGAUUCCAAAGCCUCCAAAGCCACCAGAUAAGCCGCUGAUGCCCUACAUGAGGUACAGCAGAAAGGUCUGGGACCAAGUAAAGGCUUCCAACCCUGACCUAAAGUUGUGGGAAAUUGGCAAGAUUAUUGGUGGCAUGUGGCGAGAUCUCACUGAUGAAGAGAAACAAGAAUAUUUAAACGAAUACGAAGCCGAAAAGAUAGAGUACAAUGAGUCUAUGAAGGCCUAUCACAAUUCCCCUGCAUACCUUGCAUAUAUUAAUGCAAAAAGUCGUGCCGAAGCUGCGUUAGAGGAAGAAAGUCGACAGAGACAGUCUCGCAUGGAGAAAGGAGAACCUUAUAUGAGCAUUCAGCCUGCUGAGGAUCCAGAUGAUUAUGAUGACGGCUUUUCAAUGAAGCAUACAGCUACCGCCCGUUUCCAGAGAAACCACCGCCUCAUCAGUGAGAUCCUCAGUGAGAGCGUGGUCCCUGAUGUGCGGUCGGUUGUCACAACAGCCAGAAUGCAGGUCCUCAAGCGACAGGUCCAGUCUUUAAUGGUUCAUCAGCGAAAACUGGAAGCCGAACUUCUUCAGAUAGAGGAGCGACACCAGGAAAAGAAGAGGAAAUUCCUGGAAAGCACGGAUUCCUUUAACAAUGAACUUAAAAGGUUAUGCGGUCUGAAGGUGGAAGUAGACAUGGAGAAAAUUGCAGCCGAAAUUGCACAGGCAGAGGAGCAGGCCCGCAAAAGGCAGGAGGAGCGGGAGAAGGAAGCAGUGGAGCAAGCCGAGCGCAGUCAGGGCAGCAUUGCCCCUGAGGAAGAGCAAGCAACGAACAAAGCUGAGGAGAAGAAGGAUGAAGAGAGCAUCCCUAUGGAGACAGAGGAGACACACCUGGAAGAAACAACAGAGAGCCAGCAGAAUGGUGAAGAAGGCACAUCUACUCCUGAGGACAAGGAGAGUGGGCAGGAGGGGGUUGACAGCAUGGAGGUCGAAGGGACCAGUGAUAGCAAUACUGGCUCAGAGAGCAACAGUGCCACAGUAGAGGAGCCGCCCACAGACCCCAUGCCAGAAGACGAGAAGAAGGAAUAAAUGUUGCCUUGUUUUAUGUGUCCUAAAACUUUUUUAAAUGGAAAAAAAAAAUGUUUUUUGGUUUUAAUGGUG